AUCUUCUUUAUGAUAAAUCAGUCACAUUCAUUUGUUGACUAUGUUACUUGUACUCUUCAUUUCACUUUCAAUACCCAUGUCAGCUACUCGAAAUUCAACACGAGUAAGACAUUGGACACUUCAUUCUACACUAAUUAUGAAAGCCUUGCAUAAAAUAGUUGAGUCGAACACUUGAACACGCACCUGUUGAACACUUGGACCUUAUACCCGAGUUUGAGUUUUACUGUUGAUUGAAAUACAAAAUACGAUUCUCAUUUAUCCCGUAAAAAUAACACUUUCAAGACUAUAACACAAAUUUAAAUUAAAAAUGGAUACAAUAACUCAGGUGAGUCAAAUUCAAAAUAAUUCAACCUAAAUAGACUUAAAGGAGUGCUACUUUUAAAAAAAAAAAAAAAACUCAAUCAAAACCCAACCCGCACAUCCGAUUUGACACUCAAAUUAUCGGGCAUUCGGCCUCUACGAAUCUACGAUUGGGCCAAUAAUCCUAACAUGCCUCAAAUUUAUGGCUUAUCAUUAAUCAUUAGCACAUAACACAACGAGGACAAUCACAGUGUGGAAUCGUCAGCGCCACCGAGUCACGGCGGAGCUUCCGAGUCAACCACCGAUUCUGGCGGAAAAAUGGAUGCAAACGAACUGAAGAAUUGCUUGAAAAUUGGAGGAGAAAUAGAGCGAGUUAAUGGCAAGGAACUCAGUUACACCGACUUCGUUGAGAGGUACCUCGCCAAAAAUCAACCUGUAGUUUUGACUGGUUUAAUGGAUGAUUGGAAAGCUUGCGAAGAUUGGGUUGAUGAUUAUGGAAAACCUAAUCUUGGUUCCUUCUCUAAUCAAUUUGGGGACUCUCAAGUUCAGAUUGCGGACUGUUAUAGCAUGGAAUUUACCGAUCAAAGAAGAGAAGAAAUGUCUGUUUCAGAGUUCAUUAAAUACUGGGUUGCACUAAAUGGAGAUAACAGGGAGGUUCAUCACAAUGUUUCCCCUGAUAGCUGCAGUGAUAAGUCCUUUUUAUAUUUGAAAGACUGGCACUUUGUUAAGGAAUACCCUGAGUACAAGGCAUAUGAAACUCCGCUCUUUUUCAAUGAUGAUUGGCUGAACUUGUACCUUGACCAGUAUCGCAUGCAUGAUGAUCCUGACUAUCAGGAGAGAAAUGAAAUUUGUUGCUCUGACUACCGUUUUGUGUACAUGGGACCAAAAGGUACAUGGACUCCUCUGCAUGCCGAUGUUUUCAGGUCAUAUAGUUGGUCAGCAAAUGUAUGUGGGACAAAAUUAUGGUUUUUUCUACCUCCUGUUCAACGUCACCUUGUAUUUGACAGGCAUUUGAAAAGUUCUGUGUACAAUAUAUUUGAGGAUGUCAAUCAUUCAAAGUUUCCUGGUUUUAAGAAGGCUGUCUGGUUUGAAUGUACCCAAUUAAAGAAUGAAAUUAUAUUUGUUCCCAGUGGAUGGUACCAUCAAGUGCAUAAUCUGGAAGAUACAAUAUCUAUCAAUCACAAUUGGUUCAAUGGUUAUAAUCUUGACUGGGUGUGGGAUUUGCUUGAAGGGGACUACAAUGAGGCUAAGGAGCUAAUAGAGGAUGUAAGGGACAUAUGUGAUGAUUUUGAGAGCCUCUGCCAGCGUAAUCUUGCUGCUAAUACAGGCAUGAACUUCAUUGAUUUCUUCACCUUCAUUGUACGCAUGUCUAUUGCCAACUUGCUCCAUCUUUGUAAUCAUGCUGAAGGUUGCAAAACUGAUUAUGCGGCGUUAUGUUCGUGGGCUGAGCAUACUAUAUCAAAUCUGAUGUCUAUCAGGAGACUUGCUCUAAGAAUGGAAUCCUUAUGUUUACCAGAAGACAGGCCAGCCCUGUUGGAUAUCCAGAAGAUCUGGAGAGACCCUUCUUUUGUACAAAUGUACUUUGCUCUGAACAGAACAUUUGAAAAACUUCAUGGUCAAUGCAAUCAUAAAUAUGAAGGUGAAGAUGCCCUACAGAAUGAGAUCAAACAUCACGAUUUCAUCAUUGCAGCUGGGUCGGUUGUUUCAAAUUCAAGAAGCCUCAUCAGCUUAAUUGACUGCAAUCUAAAAGAUUAUAAACUUCUUUCGGAUAAAUUACGGGUUGAUAAGCUCAGAGAAGAAAUAUUGGCAUCUUCAUAGAAAUUUUUACAACAUUCAGCUUGAGGUGAUGUUGCAAUGGAAAUUAAUAACAGCAAUAUUUCCAAUGAAGAUAACUUCUAGGCUUGCUAACGGUCUCCUAUAUGUACAUCUUGUCUUCCGUUGGUAAAAAAAUCCUCUAGUUAGAAUGCAAGGUAUGUGCCUUUAGCUGAUGAAAUGACUUGAUAGUUGUUACUAGCUUGAUGUACUGUUCUUCAAUGCUUUUAGGUGUCUAGAUUCAGGGACAAGGAUUUGAUUUUCUCGUUUUGUACAUAUUGCUCUCAUUGUUAGGGCUUGACGCUCUUGAGAAACAACGAGUCUGUCACCCUUUUGUCCACUGUUUGUUGUAUACUGGAAUUUCCUAUUACUACAAGCUUACCUAUUCUUUUCA